AUGGGCACUGAACUUGGCUUAAAGGGAGAUACACACAAGGAAGAGGCAUUUACAAUCCUGGGCUCUAGACACUUGGCAGGAGGGGGCAGGGUCCUAAUAGAGGACAAAGAGAGAGACAUUAACCCUAACGGGGCCUUGCGGAGGCUUACUGGGAAAGGGGACGUCCAGACUGAAGACUACACAAACCAAGACCGCCGCCGUGGGAACGGAAACACCAGCCCACGUGCCGGAAGCCAGCUCGCGCCGAUGGCAGCGCGCCACUCCGCGUCCUACCGCGCGGAGGCCCGACGGGUGUCACCGCGAGAUGAGCUCGCUGAAAUGGCCGCAGCCAGUCAAGGAAACUUGGAGGUGAAUUUUGAGUCACUGGACCUUGCAGAACUUGCUAAAAAGCAGCCAGGGUGGUGCAAGCUGUCUGGGCAGGAAUCUGGGCCUUCAGCUGAAAAGUAUAGCCUGGCAACCCAGCUGUUAAUUGGAGGUGCCACUGGAUGGUGCACGGGUUUCAUAUUCCAGAAGGUUGAAAGGUUGGCUGCCACAGCUCUGGGAGGUGGAUUUUUCCUGCUUCGGCUUGCAAAGCAUACUGGCUACAUCAAAGUGGACGGGCAGCGGGUAGAGAGGGAUAUGAAGAAAGCCAAGGAACAGCUGAAGAUCCGCAAGAGCAACCAGAUACCUACGGAGGUCAAAAGCAAACUAGAGGAGGUGGGGUCGUUUGUGAAGAAGAAUGUUCUAGUGACUGGUGGAUUUUUCAGAGGCUUUCUGCUUGGUAUGGCAUCCUAA